AAUUUGAGCAGACCAGUUAAGAAGACCAAACUCCGCGACCUGCAAUGGUGGAAAGAGGAUGGCAGCGUGAAAGGGGAAGAUAAAUAAGCUCGCUGGGGAUGUUCGUGCGAGAAGUUGGACACGGAAGAGGAAGAAAAUCGCAGUGGAUCAUUCAUAACAGACGAGAGGCGGGUUAUAUUUUACGAAUGGCAGCAAUCCUGAACGCGACGACGUUUCCCAGCGUGCGAGGGAGCGAAGACGAGGACAACAGCUACGUUCCGUACGUGCAACGACCCGAAACGUACAUAGUACCUGUGGUGUUCUCGUUAAUCUUGGUGGUGGGUCUAAUCGGAAAUGGCAUCGUGGUGUAUACUCUCAUUCGUCACCCCAAUAUGAGAAACGUGCCGAACACCUACGUGCUGUCACUGGCCGUGGGCGAUCUUUUGGUGAUCAUAACGUGUGUACCGUUCACGAUGUUCCUGUACACGUUCGAGUCGUGGCCGUGGGGUCUGGCAGUUUGCAAAUUAUCGGAGUGCGCCAAGGAUAUUUCGAUCGGCGUCUCAGUUUUCACUCUGACCGCGUUAUCAGGCGAGAGGUACUGCGCUAUAGUGAAUCCCAUUCGCCGUCACGUAGCUGGACUGAGCGCCAAGCCAUCCACGAUUCUGAUAGCCUCCCUUAUUUGGGUGCUGGCGAUUCUGCUGGCUACUCCGGCUGCUCUUUACUCGCACGUGCAGAUCAGACAGUUGCAGAAGAACCACACCAUCUUGUUCUGCAACCCCUUCCCCAAAAAAUUCGGCGACAGCUAUAAGAAGGGGAUGGUGAUGUUCAAGUUCCUGGUUUACUAUUCUAUACCGUUCCUCGUGAUAACUGGAUUCUACCUGGGGAUGGCGCGGCACCUUGAACUCUCCACCAGGAACAUGCCAGGGGAACUGUCCACCGGAUGUCAUCGCAUGGAGCAGAUUAGAGCCCGCAAGAAGGUCGGGAAGAUGGUUAUCGCGCUCGUGGUGAUCUUCUUCAUUUGCUUCCUACCCUAUCACGUGUUUAUGCUGUGGUACCACUUUUGCCCGUCAUCCGAGGAGGACUACGAUGAUUUUUGGCACGCUUUGAGGAUCAUCGGUUUCUGCUUGAGUUUCCUCAACAGCUGCGUCAAUCCGAUCGCUCUCUACUUCGUCAGCGGAAUUUUUCGCAAAAGGUUCAACAAAUACCUCUGCUGUCGCCUGUCGAGGAGGUCUCUAAGCGUCUGUCGAACAGAGACGACAGACAGUACAGACAGGAACGGUAAUCGGGAAGCGAAUUUCUCGCAGAGGCGACGCGCUUGUGGGCGAGACACUCUCAAUGAAACCAGCUUCGGCUCCACGUUUCGCAGGCACACUCAGAAACUGAAUUCGACGGCUCUCUACGAGCUAGCUAGCGAAGAAACCACGAGACAGUCCAAGGAAGUGUUAUCGCGCGAACACGGCUGCGAAAGGUGGGUCGAUGCUGAAGUUCCUCCGAGUUGCAUCGGGAUUUCGGUAAAGAUGAAAAGAUACUCAUCGGCACCCUGUUUGGCUGAUGGAAACAGCGACAGCAAGAAGGCGAAAUCGAUGGAGGAGCCGAACGCCAGGGAGUAUCUGCAGUUGGCGCUGGCCAGAGUGCUGGAGCUCCAACGAGAGAUCAAAGAGGGAACGUACACGACGGACCACACCAGCGACCUCGGCGAGUCCAGCAGCGAGGAAGACCUGACGAAAGAAGUCCUUCGCAAAGUCUUCCAGAAUCUUCCAGGAACACCCGACUCGGUCGGGACGAUCGUGAACAGAGUUUCCAAGCCGAAAAGAUCUCAGUUAGACGCGAUUCGGGGUAAGAGGAUUCAGCUGCUGGGCUACGAUACCUGUCGCAGAGCCGCGGUGGAGUUCAUGAAGGACGCGGUUCGCGAGACAGGUCGAGAGGCAACGUCGAAAUCGUUUCGAUCGAAUUGCUCUGGAUUCCGCGUGGGAACCUACUCGAGGAACGAGCCGAGAAUGGCGCAUCGUAGAACAGGAUUGUGGAAGAGUUCCUCGUUCUGCGAGCAAGAAAUCCGCGACAGAAUGCUGCGGAGCUUGGACUUACACUUGGCCAACAAACAGAGAGACUACACGGCUAACCUAAUGAGGUCGGGUAUAUAGAAUCGACUACUUCGCAACGUUUUGAAAUAUUUUUACACGUAUCGAUUAAUCCUCCUCGUUCUCGUAUAAUUAAGAUGCUUCUUGCGUUUUCAUCAGGGUCUCGAGUAGCGUUUAACGAUGUUUGAUCUAGUCAGAUUUAGGUAUCGAAAGCUGUACCUGUUUCAUAGGAAUCAUUCUAGUCACACAGGCGAGUCAUCGAAUUCUAACUGCGAAAGUCGCACCAUGCGAAUUAUUUUUAUACAGUAUAUAGAUGUACGUAAUAUAUAUA